CUUAGACCCAAAUAAUUAAAACAUAAGGUUUUUCCGAAGGUUUGCAGGGAGUUCUUCAAAACGAACCAGCAAAUCAAAGCAUAACAGCGCGGGAAGAAGAAGAUCAUCGCUUUACUCUGUCUCAUGGCGGCAAGAGAAGUAGAAGAUGCAGCAAAACCUUCGGUGGCGGGUGAAGAAUUGGAAGAGGACGAUGAACACGAUUCAAAAGAGGCGGUGUUUCAGAGAUACUUUCUACUAGAAUGGAAGGUCGUCAAGUCUAUCCUCGACGACAUCAUUUCCAAUGGCCGAGUUGUAGAUCUCUCCUCGGUCCACAAGAUCCGAUCAAUUGUGGACAAAUAUCAGGAACAAGGACAGCUAUUAGAACCAUACCUGGAGACCAUAAUAUCUCCCCUGAUGCUUAUUGUUCGUUCAAGGACACUUGAACAAGGUGUAAAGUCCAAUGAACUUCUUGAAGUAAUCAAGCCUCUAUGUAUUAUAAUUUAUUCAUUAGUGACAGUUUGUGGGUACAAGGCUGUGAUCAGGUUCUUUCCUCAUCAAGUUUCUGAUCUAGAACCAGCAGUGUCUCUUUUGGAGAAAUGUCAUGGGACAACUACAGGGACAACAUUGAGGCAAGAAAGUACUGGAGAGAUGGAGACUAAAUGUGUUAUACUAUUAUGGCUAUCAAUACUUGUAUUGGUUCCUUUUGAUAUAUCAUCUGUUGAUACAAGUAUUACAGAUGCUCAUUCUCUUGAGGCAAAUGAACCACCCCCUUUAGUGAGUAGGAUAUUAGAGAUCUCAAAGGAGUACCUUUCAAAUGCGGGUCCCAUGCAAACUAUAGCUGGAUUGCUUCUUUCAAAGCUUCUAACACGUCCAGAUAUGUUGCCUGCUUAUACCAGCUUUAUUGAAUGGACUCACGAAGUUCUAUCUUCUGCGACAGAAGAUGUAAUCCAUCAUUUCCGUUUACUUGGUGCUGUAGAAUCCCUUGCUGCUAUUUUCAAGAGUGGAAGCCGGAAAGCAUUACUUGAUAUUGUUCCUGUUGUUUGGAAUGACACAUCAGUCUUGAUCAAGUCUACCCCUGCAGCUCGUAGUCCUUUACUUCGCAAAUAUUUAAUAAAAUUAACACAACGAAUGGGGCUCACUAGUCUACCCCAUCGUCCAACAACCUGGCGCUAUGUGGGUAAACACACUACACUUGGAAAGAAUAUAUUACAAAAUGCAUCACUAACUGAUCACAGUCAUGCAUCCAAUUUUGGUUCAUCCAAUUCAGAACAAAAUUCCUACCCUCAAAAUGAAGAGAUGGAUGUUCCUGAUAUUAUUGAAGAGAUCAUCGAGUUGCUAUUGUCUGGAUUAAAAGAUACCGAUACUGUUGUUCGUUGGUCUGCUGCAAAAGGUAUCGGGCGUAUAACUUCACGUCUUACAUAUACCCUAGCAGAGGAAGUCCUUUUGUCUGUAUUAGAACUAUUUUCACCUGGUGAGGGUGAUGGAUCAUGGCAUGGUGGAUGCUUGGCAUUGGCUGAGCUGGCACGUAGAGGGUUACUCUUACCUGUUAGCCUUCCUAAAGUCGUACCUGUUGUAAUUAAGGCACUGCAUUAUGAUGUAAGAAGAGGUCCACAUAGUAUUGGAUCACAUAUCCGUGAUGCUGCUGCUUAUGUUUGCUGGGCAUUUGGUCGUGCAUAUAGUCACACUGACAUGAAGGGCAUACUGGAUCAACUUGCACCACAUCUUUUAAUAAUUGCAUGUUAUGAUCGUGAGGUUAAUUGUAGAAGAGCAGCUGCAGCUGCUUUUCAGGAAAAUGUUGGGAGACAAGGGAAUUAUCCUCAUGGAAUUGACAUUGUGAAUACGGCUGAUUAUUUUGCACUUUCUUCACGUGUCAAUUCUUACCUUCAUGUUGCUGUCAUCAUAGCUGAAUAUGAUGGCUACCUUUAUCCAUUCAUGGAGGAACUUCUUUUUAACAAGAUUUGUCACUGGGAAAAAGGAUUGAGAGAACUUGCCUCAAAUGCUUUAUCAGUUCUUGUGAAGUAUGAUCCAGAAUAUUCUGCGAAUUUUGCACUUGAGAAGUUAAUCCCAUGCACUUUGGCUUCUGAUUUAUGCAUGCGACAUGGGGCCACAUUGGCAGUUGGAGAGCUUGUAUUAGCUCUACAUAACUGUGGUUAUGCUCUUCCAUUAGAUAAGCAGAAAGUUGUUGCUGGUGUAGUCCCUGCAAUUGAGAAAGCAAGAUUGUAUAGGGGAAAAGGUGGAGAGAUAAUGCGAGCUGCAGUUUCCAGGUUUAUUGAGUGUAUUUCUAUCGUGAACAUAACUUUAACAGAAAAAAUAAAAAGAAGUCUGCUUGAUACUCUUAAUGAGAAUUUGAGGCAUCCCAAUGCUCAAAUACAGAAUGCUGCCAAUGAAGCUUUCAAACAUUUUGUUCCAACGUAUUUUGCUAAAACAAAAGAUAAAGGGACAUUUGAUAUUACCCUAAGGUAUCUGGAGCAGUUGACUGAUGCAAAUGUAGCUGUGAGAAGAGGAUCUGCAUUGGCAAUUGGGGUUUUACCCUUUGAGUUUCUUGCCACAAGGUGGAAGAUUGUGCUUCAAAAGCUUUGCAGAUCUUGUGAAAUCGAGGAUAACCCAGAAGAUAGGGAUGCUGAAACUCGGGUAAAUUCCGUUAAAGGACUUGUAUUAGUGUGUGAAACACUCACCAAUACUACAGAAUCUUCCGGAUUCCAACAAGAUGAGUACACCUCUCUUUUUACAACAAUAAAAACCCAAGUGAUGCAAAGUUUAUUGAAUGCACUUGAAGAUUACUCUGUUGAUAACAGAGGUGAUGUUGGGUCUUGGGUUCGUACAGCUGCAAUGAAUGGGCUUGAGAAAUGUACAUAUAUUUUAUGCAAGAGAGAUAAAUCAGUUGGAAAUGAGACCCCAGUUCCACUUUUUGAUGCUGAUAUUGCAACCAAAUUAGUUGGAGGAAUUGUUAAACAAGCGUUGGAAAAGAUGGAUAGGUUAAGAGAAGUGGCUGCAAAAGUUCUUCAAAGGAUUUUAUAUAAUGAUGUUGUUUUUGUUCCUCUAAUACCAUAUAGAGAAAAACUAGAAAAACUUGUCCCCAAGGAUGGUGAUUUGAAGUGGGGGGUACCAAGUUGUUCUUUCCCUCGCUUCGUUAAGUUGCUUGAGUUUGAUUGUUACAGUAAAUAUGUUGCGUCAGGGUUAGUAAUUUCCAUGGGUGGAUUAGAAGAUUCUUUGAAAAAGGUUUCACUUGGUUGUUUGUUAGAUUAUCUUGAAGCUAUUAAAGUUAAAGACAAGAGUGAAACAAACGCCAGAGAAUCGAGCUUGUCAAAUAACAUUCUCUGGGUUCUUCACAAGUACAAAAGACGCGACAGAGUCAUAAUUCCCACCUUGAAGACUAUAGAGAUUCUUUUCAGCAAAAGGAUCUUCUUACACAUGGAGGGUCAGACGGGAGUAUUUUGUGGGGGUGUUCUGGAAUGUCUUGCUACCGAGUUGAAAGGAACAAAGGACUUCUCCAAGUUAUAUGCUGGCAUUGCUAUUCUUGGAUACAUUGCUUCAAUUUCAGAGCCUCCUAAUACCCAGGCUUUCGCUCAUCUUCUGUCUUUCCUUACCCAUCGAUAUCCCAAGAUUCGAAAGGCUUGUGCUGAGCAAGUUUAUCUUGUUCUUAUACAAAACGGGGAGGUUGUGGGUGAGGAAAAUUUAGAGAAUGCAAUGGAAAUAGUUUCUGAAUGUUGUUGGGAAGGUGACGCGGAGGAAGCAAAACGACAAAGAUUAAAACUAUGUGAAAUUGCGAAUAUAGAAAUGGGACAAAUUCUUAUGCAUACCUCAAGGACAUCAAGUACAUCAUCAUCAUCAUCAUCAUCACAGCAGAAGCCUAAAACUAAUGAUGAAAAUGCAUCAUACUCAUCGUUAGUAGGAUCUGCUGGAUUUUGA